AUGCCGAGGUCAUGCAACAUCAACUGGUUAGACGUUGAGCAAUUCCCCGACGCACCCGUCGUCUCGACCGCACUCGACUACAAACUACCGAGUUGCGGCGAGGAUAGUUCGGGAGAGCAAACUUGCUGUCCAUUUGGUUACUCUUGCGGUCAGAACGGGACUCUCUGCGUUCUGGACAAAGACCAGAGGUCUUUGAGGGCGGAGAAGAACAACGAUUUCUUUGCCCGGACGCAAACAGGGAGCAGCAGUAGUACUCGGCCGACGGCAACGGCAACAAGUACGCAGGCAACCGACGCAUCAAGCCCUACGACCACAGACUCUACUUCGGAACAGACCACAGAACCACAGACUGAAGGUGGCGGCGGCAAACAAACAAUCUCAUCUACUGUCGGCAUUGCUGUCGGCUCUGCUCUGGGCGCCGCUGCCAUGAUCGGGGUGAUGCUGUGCCUAGCAUGGAAGCGAUAUCGGAUCUCAGAGUCUGUGUCAAUACGCAGACACCGUCACGGCCAAGAAAAGCACCAUGGGCCUCGACGCUUUCUUCCAUCAUGGGUUCGCCGCAACUUACAAAGGGACGGACAUAUUGACCAGAUGCCAACACCCCCUCCUCCCGCAUAUGCCCCAUAUCACCUCGAUCUGGACAAGUGUAGACGGGUGCCCCGGCGCAAAACCGUUCCGUCCUCCCGCAAGGCUCCUGCACCAAUCAUACAAGAGUGUUCUCCAGUUGAGUUGCCGGCAUCACCCGUUUCUUUCAGUUUUUGGAACACAACGAGAGCGUCUCAGCGGAGUACCUUCUUUGCAAAGACUAGAGUGAGCCUGGCGCGGCCACCGCCAAGGCAACAGCCGCCACCAAGAGGACCACACAACCCCGAAUACCCUGACUUCUUCUGA